UUUUAUUCGCAAGCUCAGUCCACACUCUCUUAGAGUGUUCUCAGAGCACUCCAGUGUUUCAUCACACAUCAGCUUUAUCACAGCUUCGUUCAUAGCCAUUCUGUGGCGGAAUACAUCAUCACACCGACUCGACAGAGAAAAGGCAUAAAGCCAACGACUGACGGCACUCACCCCGUUGGAGCUGAAAGCCGGUAGUUUCGUCCCCUCGCCAGUCCGCCGCAGGAGUCCCCCGCCCCCGCCCGCAUAGGAUGGUAGAAACUGACCCCGGACCCAAGAAACCUCACAACUGUGAUGUAAAAGUGGAACACCUAAAUGGGCUAGGUUCCAAAGCUGCAGAACUAGGUAUUGUACCGUCACUGAAGUCUCCAGUCAAAGUCGACCCAGAAAAGGGUGGAUACGCAGAAAAAGCUGACUUCGAGAAAGCUAUCGAAUUAACCGGAUAUGGCCGCUUCCACUACCUGCUGCUGGCGGUCUGCGGACUGGUCAGCACCUCCGAGGAGAUGGACGUCAUCUCCAUGUCCUUCAUCCUGCCGUCCGCGCAGUGCGACCUAGACCUCACCACUCAGACCAAGGGAUGGCUGAACUCGAUCAUCUUCAUCGGCAUGAUGGUGGGCGCGUACGCGUGGGGCUCCGUGGCGGACACGCUGGGCCGCAAGCGCGUGCUCAUCGCCAUCUCCUUCAUCAACGCCGUGGCCAUCGUCGCCUCCUCCUUCAGCCAGAACUACGAGCUCUUCAUGCUGUUCCGGUUCAUUAAUGGGGCCGCGUUAGGUGGAUCCGGUCCUGUGAUCUGGUCUUACUUCGCGGAGUUCCAGCCGAAGAGCAAGCGAGGCGCCAUGUUGAGUUUCAUGGCCGCCUUCUGGACGCUCGGCAACCUGUUCGUGGCCGGCUUGGCUUGGGUCAUCAUCCCUGCCAACAUCGGAGGCGAAACCGGCGGAUUCGUAUACAACUCAUGGCGUAUAUUCUUGUUGGUUAUGUCACUUCCCUCCUUCAUCGUGGCCGCUCUACUAUUCCUGCUGCCCGAAUCGCCCAAGUUCCUCAUCUCUAAGGGCCGUCACGAAGACGCGCUUGAGGUAUUCAGAGGCAUCUACAUGAUGAACACGGGGAAGCCUAAAGAUCAGUACCCGGUCAAGCAACUUCUGGUGGAAGAGAAUAUUCACUCAAAACCGAUGACUCAGAAGCAGAUCGAAGCGCACGAAGCCAAGUCCAAGACACGACGAAUGUUGAGCGAUAUGAUUGAGCACAGCAAGCAGUUGUUCAUCCCUCCCAUACUCAAGUUCACUAUGAUCUCUAUCACCAUCAACUUUACGUUCCAUAUUGGUUACUACGGCUUGAUGAUGUGGUUCCCGGAGAUGUUCAACCGAUUCGACGAGUGGUCGAGGACGCACGACAACGCUGAGGCCGACAUCUGCCAAGUGACGGCCUACGUCACUCACUACGGCACCCAUUCGGAAGACGCUGUAUGUGACGCGCAUAUCAACUCUGGCGUCUUCAUGGACUCGCUUAUCACCGUCGCCGCGGCCAUCCCGUCCAAUAUCUUGACUGUGAUUGGAAUGGACAGGCUUGGCAGAAAGUUCUUCUUGGUGUUCGCGACGUUCUCGGCGGGUCUCUGUUCAGCGGCCAUGUACUUCGUGUACAACAAGACCAACAACCUCAUCGUGAGCGCCAUCUUCAGCUCCGUCAUCUCGUGCGGUAACGCGUCGCUAGACUGCCUCAUCACGGAGGUCUUCCCGACCAAUCUACGUGCCACCGGAGUGGCCGUGUCUAUGGUGGCGGCUCGUCUCGGAGGGAUCAUCGGCAACGUGGUGAUAGCGGCGCUGCUGGACAGCUACUGUCCCGCUCCCACCUUCAUAGUAGCCGUCCUGCUCGCCAGCGGCGGUCUCAUGUGCCUCUUCCUGCCCAACACCACAAGGCAGGCUCUGUCAUAGAUACAUAGACGACAGCUUGUCUAUGCCCAUAAGACUGGCAACACAGUCUGGCAUGCAAACUCUUUUCUUCUAAAAGGAGUCGCGUUGUAUUUUAAUUCUUAGCUAGCAUUUUGUUAUAAUGUAAGAGAAACUCAUCGAAUCAUUCCAUUGAUGUAUAGAAUUUUCACGAUUGCUUCAUAUUUAUUUCAAGUUUUGUUAAUUUAUAAAUAAAUGAAAGUUAAAAAAAGGACGAGCAAUAAACUAGUAACUAGACAUGCGGCCGCUGCGCCGUUGUCCACUCGGACUCGGCGACAGUGGCGCCCUCAAGGAAAGUAUUAUAGUUUUAAGUGAAAGUGUCAUUCGACUAUAAUAGUUUCGCUGUGUAUUGCAAUUAUUUUUAUAUUACGAAUUUAUAGAUGUUGUUACCGUAGUUUUUAAUGUAGGUAAAUAUUUGUAGUUAGUCCAGUGAUAUUAAAAGAAAUUAGCAUUCCAA